GUUGAUUUAAACUAUUGUGGCAGUUAUUUAGCUAGCCGGCUAACCGGUCUUGAAGCUAACUAGAUCCUUAGACUGUUCUCUCAUCUAUGUGUGAUGAUUUCGCCAAAGACAUUCUACUUUUGUCAAGAUACGCUAGUUCUCUUGACCCAACUAAAGUAGUAGCAGAAGUGCAUGCGACUAAGGGAAUUUUAACCUUGCAGCUAGCAGAGUUGGCUGUCUGUUGGUGCAUGCAUCCAGGAUGAAGCGUCUCCCCACCCUGGCCCUUCUCCUGUGGCUGUGUGCCGUCUUCUACGUGGGCAUCUUUCUAUUCGUGGGUGGUUUCCUGCUGGUCAGGCUGGAGGUUAACAGGACCAGCACCUGCGCAGACGUGUUGCUCCCCGAAGGAGGCCCAGCGGACUUCUGCCCAGGCCGCCAGCGCUUCCGAAAGGCCGUGAUCCUCAUCAUCGACGCCCUGAAAUUCGACUUUGCCCACUUCGACCCCACCAACACGCAGCCACGCCCUUAUGAGAACAAGAUGCCCGUAUUCGACGAGCUGAUAUCGUCCAGGCCCUCCCAGGCCCGCCUGUACCCCUUCAGAGCGGACCCCCCCACCACCACCAUGCAGAGGAUCAAAGGCUUCACCACCGGGUCCCUACCCACCUUCAUAGACAUCGGCAACAACUUUGCCUCCAGCGCCAUCUUGGAAGACAACCUGAUUCACCAGCUGGGUGAAGUGGGCAAGCGUGUGGUGUUCAUGGGGGACGACACCUGGGAAAAUCUCUUCCCCAAGAAGUUUCACCGCUCCCUGCCUUUCCCCUCGUUCAACGUGAAGGACCUGCACACUGUGGACGAUGGGAUCCUCAAGCAUCUCUACCCCAUAAUGAUGGGGGACGACUGGGAUGUCCUGGUGGCCCACUUCCUGGGCGUGGACCACUGUGGUCACCGCUUCGGCCCCGACCACCCGGCCAUGGCCGACAAGCUCACCCAGAUGGACGGGGUGGUCAGGUCAGUGCUGGAUCGUCUCCAGGACGACACGUUGCUGGUGGUGAUGGGAGAUCACGGGAUGACCGACUCGGGGGACCACGGAGGGGAGAGCCAGAAGGAGACGGACGCCGCCAUCUUCCUCUACAGCCCCUCCCCCCUCUUCCCAGCAUCCUCCUCUCCGAGCGAGCCGGAGGUAGUUCCCCAGACCGACCUGGUGCCCACCCUGGCCCUGCUCCUGGGGGUCCCCAUCCCCUACAGCAGCGUGGGCCAGGUCCUUCUGCCGGUCUUCUCUCCCAACGGCCAGACACAGGGUGCACCGGCGGGACUCAGCCAGGGGGAGGCGCUGUGGAUCAACGCCAAACAGGUCAACCGUUUCCUGGAGACCUACUCCAGCAUGGCCAGAGACAUCCCUCCAGACAGCCUGUCCCAGCUGCAGUCCACCUUCUCCCAGCUCUCCUCCCAGUACCUCCAGGCCCUGCGGCAGGGCCAGCGCCCCUCCCCCCAGCUCCAGGCCUCCCUCCAGGCCUACCUGACCUCUGUCAGGGAUACCUGCCGGGCCUGUUGGGCCCGCUUCCACCCGGCCAAGAUGGUGGCGGGCGUGGCCGUGCUGGGGCUCGCCUGCCUGGUGACUCUCCUCGUGUCCGAGCUGUCGUUCGCGCUGGCGGGGGAGGGAGGUUUCCUCCGGACCCCGGCGCUGGGGGGCGUGGCCGCGGGGCUGUGUGUGGCCGGGGGCCAGAUGGCCACCCAGGGUUACCUGGAGGUGUCCUGGGGGCUGUGCGCGGCAGCCCUCACCUCUGAGGUGCUGGUCCUCUGGAGGACCAGGCGGGUUCUGACCUCCGGGGGCGGGACUGGAGUCUGUGGGCGUGUCUGGCUGGCCGCGCCCUCCCUCCUGACUCCUCCCAUCCUGGUCCUGCUCCUGCGCUGCCUCUCCCUGCUGUCCGACAGCUACGUGAUCGCUGAGGGACGGGCGGCCACCUUCCUCCUCUUCUCCCUGGGCCUCUACGUGCCCCUGCGCCUCAACUGGGACGGCCUCCUCCUCCCCCCCGCCCCAGACCCCCAGAAGCCCCCCGGCCUGCUGCCCUCCCCGGUCGCGUCCCCCUCGGCCGUGCGGCGUGAGAGCGGGGCCCUCCUGGCGUGCGUGGGGCUGCUGGUGGGCACCCUCUACCUCUCCCUGUCCUUCCACACCUGCAGGGAGGAGCAGGGUUCCUGCCUGCCCUCUCCCUUCCUCUCCCCGCUGGCCCGCAUCCAGGACAGCCAGAUCAAGAACCUCCAGUACGGCCUCUCCCUCGCCGCGCUGGCCGUCUGGGCCCUCCUCCUGCGCCGCUGGCUCCGUCACUACGGCAACCUCAACAGCUCGGGGGGGACGGUGCUGGCGGCGCGCUGGCUCCUCCCCCUGGCGUGCGUGUGCGCCGGGCUGCACUGGGCGGUGAGCUCCGCCCCCGAGGACGGCUUCCGGAACCUGGCGGAGCUGAUUAGUCUGGCCCAGGAGGCUCUCCCCCGGGCGGCCUUCACCCUGCUGGGCCUGGGCCUCCUCCUGCUUUGGCUGGACCCUCUCACCGUGUUCACCAAGACCCGCGGCCCCGCCCCCGGCGCCUCCGCCCCCCUCCCCCCGCCGCCGCCCCGCUACCGGGCCAGCACGGGCAUCAGCCCCGAGGCGGAGCUCCACCACCUCAUCCCCCAGCUGUACCAGCGGAUGAGGCUCUCCAUGGAGGACGGACGGCCGGCCGGCGGGGGCGCGGAGGACGAGGGCCGGCCCGCCGUGGAGGCCUACGGGCUGGGGAGCGUCUACUCUGCGCCCCUGGUCCUGCUGUGCGGCCUGCUGGGGCUGGGGCUGCUACUGCUGCACCCAGAGGGCAUGGCUCUGGCCUUCUUGCUGCUCAUGCUGGAGAUGGGAGCUCUGCUGCACAUGCACGCCUCCGCAACCACCCUCAGCGCCCUGCAGGGGGCGCACUCGGGUGGCUUCCAGGUGCCCUGGACCCCCCUGGUGCUGUGGUCCCUGGCUGCCACCCAGUUCUUCCACGCCACUGGCCACCUGCCCACCUUCACUUCUAUCCAGUGGGGAGCUGCCUUUGUGGGGUUCCCCCGGGGGCACGUGGGCACCCUCCUCCCAGCCUCCCUGGUCACCCUCAACACCUUCUCCUCCCACAUCCUGUUUGCAGUCGGCUGCCCACUGCUCCUGUUCUGGCCGCUGGUGUGUGAGGUUCGUGUCGCCCGGACGGGAGGGGGAGGGGGGGAGGAAGGAGGGGAGGAUGCCGCUGUCAUGGAGAUGAGAUUACGGGAGAAUCCCCAGCAGUUUGGCUCUGCUCUGCUGCAGCUCACAACACGAUACCUCUUCAUAAACGGAGCCCAGGUUUUGGCGUCUGUCUGUGCAGCUGCCCUCCUCAGGAGACAUCUAAUGGUGUGGAAGGUUUUUGCACCCAAAUUGAUGUUCGAGGCCUCCGGGUUCCUGGUCAGCAGUGUGUUUGUGCUAAUUGGCGUUGCCUUGGUGAUGAGGGUGGACGGUGCCGUGGGUGGCUGGUUCAAGAGACUCCUCCCAGAAUCAUCCAGGUAGCGCCGUGUCUGGGCUAGGCUGGACUAGACUGGGCUGGGCUAGGCUGGUCUGGACUAGACUGGUCUGGACUAGACUGGUCUGGACUAGACUGUGCAUCCGUACUCAUCUGUCCAGGAUGCUUCUGUCCGGGAUGAGGUGCGGUCUAGAUUAGAUCAUUGGAAGUCCUCGGGCAGCCAGAAAGAGUCAGCCGUCGUUAUCUGCCAGAAAGAUCUAGAAGGAAAGAUGUGAGUGAUGUGAACCCUUCCUCCAGUGGAGCCAGCUGCUCCCCUCCCCCUCCAGCCUGGAGCUCCUAACCCUAGCCCCGGGGCAUCCAACCACCACACUCAAACUAGCACAAUCCACCGAAACCACGCCACAGCUACGUGUCCUCCUCCUCCUCCGUCAUUGAUCCAGAGAGCCAUCAUGGAAGCUGUGCUGGGCCGAGCGAGGGCAGCGUGUGACGCACGGCGGUCUGGACUCGUCUUGAGACAGGGUCACGAGGGGGUCAGCGUUGGGUUUCAGGAAGCCCAAGCCCAAGCAUAGCAGAAACUAUGAAUGAGUUGAGCCAUGAACAGUGCAUGGCUGUACUCCUGUUUCAGACUCACUCUGUCUAGGUGUGUCUACUGGUGGGAGCGAUCUGUUCUUGGUGUUUUUAUUUUGUUCACGGUUACUGCCGUACACUAAUAUUAUAAUAGUACGGUAUUCCACGAUAUCAGCAAUAACUGUCUUAACUUUGGUUCUGGCUUGAUUCUUAGAAACAAGUUCUUUUUUAAAUGUUUUCUAAUCAUCUCUUUAAAUCUUUUUUUUACAUUUUCAAUUAAAUAUGUGUAGUUUCGACCAGGUCCAGUGAUGUAUCUAUGGAACAGGUGCCUAGCUUUAACGGAUGCCUUGUGUGAGACUAGUCUGCAGAGUAAAUGGAUUCAUGUUUGUUUAUUUCCUGUGGGUAAAGUACAGUACAGCUCCGGUGAAAGACAGAUGUUUCCACAGGAGUAGAAGGGAUUCGUCUGAGCUCAGGUUGAUGUUAAUGGGUAUGCAACAGAGCUGUCUAGCUCCAGCGAGUCGCCCUGGAGAGACGACCUUGGAGACGACUGCUGCUACCAGCCCAUACUGGCACGCAUUGUAGAGAAUAUCGAUGAUGAGGAUGAUGAUUGGGGAGGAUUUGAUUUAUCGGCACAGUUUUUGUUACAUGAAAAGGCAUUUGUUUUAAUAUAUUACAGGUAAACCCGAGGGAUUUUACUUGUGGAGAAUCAAAUUAAAAGUUUUGUACAGAAGCGUCACCGUGUC